AGGAUAGUUUCACAGUGAAUCGUUACUAAAAAUCUGCAAGAAGGCUAUAAAAGAAUUCUCUAUAAAUCUUCUGUGAAAUGCAGCAUUGCUUAUUAGCAGGCUUGAUGGAAAAACCUCAUGAGAUAGAAAGUCUUGUCACUUUAUUUGUAUGUGCUUCCCUGCAUCUUAAGUUGCAGCUUAGGAUCCCUUAGGAUCAUGUGAGGCUAGGUUAUAUAUUAGAGAGCUGUGCUAUAGUGCUGUGAGUGUGUAAGCCUAGCAGCUGGGUAGUGUUAUGGUUGCUGCUUUCCUGUGCUAAGCUGAUUUACUUGUUUAAGGUCUGACCUCAUCAUCCUGUCAGUAUGGAUUCCCACCUAUACAGUUAGCAGCAGCUUAGCAUCGGCUUGAAGAGCUUGCAGUAUAUUAAUCAGAAGAGAGAGGGAGAGAGCUACCGGUAUUUGUUCUUUUGUUGCCUUUUCUUAAGAAGAGGAGUUGAAACACAAGAGAUAACAAAGAAUUCAUUUCCUUUUUAAAAGAAUAGGCUUUUGGUUGUUUUUUUUUUUUCCUGACAAAAAAAAUGUCAGUAUCUGGAAAGAAAGAGUUUGACGUGAAGCAGAUCCUGAGGCUCCGCUGGAGGUGGUUCAGUCACCCCUCGCAAGGCUCCACAGGCACGGGGGGCUGCCAUCAGCAGGAAGGAUAUGAGCACAGAGGGACACCGGUUCAGAACAGGUUGAAGAACCACUCUCGGGACAGAAAUGGGCUGAAGAAAAACAGCAGUCCUGUCCACCACAAUAUACUGGCACCCGUGCCAGGUCCGACCCCAGUGCACCACCGAUCUAUUCAAACCUGGCAUCAACAAAAUCUCAUAGAACAGCUUCGAUCAAAUGAGGAUAUUCCCAAAACAAGCACAGAGGAAAACUGUGGCAAAGAAGAUCCAAGUAAAACCACGCAGGAGUCACAGAUGAUCACAGAAGAAAAUUCAGAUGAAUCUGCAGAGAGGCUGUCAAUGACCAGUAACUCACUGCUUGGAAUGAACACCAGUGGCUCAGACGAGUAUUUCCAGUCUACAAACCAUGCAGAGCAAACUUUCCGCAAAAUGGAAAAUUAUCUGCAGCAGAAGCAGCUGUGUGACGUUCUCCUCAUAGCUGGAGACCAAAAGAUUCCAGCUCACAGGUUGGUUCUCAGUGCAGUGUCUGAUUAUUUUGCUGCAAUGUUUACCAAUGAUGUGCUUGAAGCAAAACAAGAGGAGAUCAAGAUGGAGGGAGUAGACCCUGACGCACUGAAAGCUUUGGUGCACUAUGCCUACACAGGUGUUCUAGAGUUAAAGGAAGACACAAUAGAAAGUUUGCUAGCUGCAGCUUGCCUUCUCCAGCUAUCCCAGGUUAUUGAGGUAUGCUGCAACUUCCUCAUGAAGCAACUCCAUCCUUCCAACUGCCUGGGGAUUCGCUCUUUCGGAGACGCUCAGGGCUGCACAGAGCUCCUGAAGGUGGCCCACACAUAUACCAUGGAACACUUCACAGAAGUAAUAAAAAAUCAGGAAUUUCUUUUACUCCCUGCUAAUGAAAUUGCAAAGCUCUUGUCUAGUGACGACAUCAAUGUUCCAGACGAAGAAGCCAUAUUCCAGGCAUUAAUGAUGUGGGUGAGGCAUGAUUUGCAAAACCGGCAACGAGACCUAGGAAUGCUUCUUUCUUAUAUUAGACUGCCUCUACUUCCACCCCAGUUAUUAGCCGAUCUAGAAAAUAGUCCAAUGUUUGCAGACGACCUAGAAUGUCAGAAACUUCUUAUGGAGGCUAUGAAGUACCAUCUUCUACCAGAAAGACGGUCCAUGAUGCAGAGUCCUCGAACUAAGCCUAGAAAAUCUACAGUGGGUGCACUUUAUGCUGUAGGAGGUAUGGAUGCCACUAAAGGUACCACUACAAUUGAAAAAUAUGACCUUAGGACUAAUAGUUGGAUACAAAUUGGUACCAUGAACGGUAGACGGUUACAGUUUGGAGUUGCAGUAAUUGACAACAAGCUCUACAUCGUGGGAGGAAGGGAUGGUCUGAAAACAUCUAAUAUCGUCGAAUGUUUCAACCCUAUCACCAAAGUUUGGACUAUAAUGCCUCCUAUGUCAACACACAGACAUGGCCUAGGAGUAGCAAUGCUUGAAGGACCAAUGUAUGCUGUCGGUGGCCAUGAUGGAUGGAGUUACCUUAAUACCGUAGAAAGAUGGGACCCACAAGCACGGCAAUGGAAUUACGUUGCUAGCAUGUCAACCCCGAGAAGCACUGUAGGGGUUGCAGCAUUAAAUAGCAAACUGUACGCUGUUGGUGGACGAGAUGGGAGCUCCUGCUUAAAAUCAAUGGAAUGUUUUGAUCCGCACACAAACAAGUGGAGUAUAUGUGCUUCCAUGUCCAAGAGACGAGGCGGUGUUGGUGUUGCAACGUACAACGGGUUUUUAUAUGCUGUGGGAGGUCACGAUGCACCUGCUUCCAACCACUGUUCUCGACUUUCUGACUGUGUGGAAAGGUAUGAUCCUAAAACAGAUGCUUGGACAACAGUGGCACCCUUGAGCGUACCUCGGGAUGCUGUUGGGAUUUGUCCUCUGGGGGACAGAUUAUAUGCCGUUGGGGGCUAUGAUGGCCACACGUACCUGGAUACUGUGGAGUCCUACGAUGCUCAAAAUAAUGAGUGGACAGAGGAAGUUCCUGUCAAUAUUGGAAGGGCUGGAGCAUGUGUUGUCGUUGUGAAGUUGCCCUGAUGACCAUGUGAAACUAAACUUUGAGUGGAGUUUCAUGAAGAAACUUUUCCAGAAAGCAGUACAAACUAGACAGAUCUUAGCAGCCCUCCAUUUUAGAGAAUACUUAUCUCUGAGCCAUGAUUCUAUUAGAGCACAAAAGUGUCUUCCUGCAUUACAAAAAUCAGAGAAUUUUGCAUAAGUGAAUUAUUUUAUUAUGCCUAAUACAUAAAGCUUCAAUGAUAUGUUUAAAUGGUUCAGGUUUGUUACAGAAGUGUAUCUGUUAUUUAUAAAAUGCAAUAGUAAUGUGAUAAAUGGGUGUAUAAGAUUCCAUAAACCUUUUUCUUUUCUAUGUUGGCAGUAAUGAUAAUGUUUACAAAAAGAACUAUAUUUUAGGUAAAUGAAAAUUAAUAAGAGAAACACUUUCAACAAAAAAAAAGUACAGAAGGAAAUAUUUGCCUAUAAAUACCACUGGCAACAGAAUAUUCUCUGCAGAAUUAACUUCAUUUCUACAUUCAGAAAUUAAAUUACUAAAUUAACUUUAAAAUUGAAUCAGAGAAGAAUAGAAUUUGGUCGCUAUUCAACCUCCAGCAUUGCUAGUACUGUGACAGAACACCCAUUUUUAGCAGUAUAUUAAAUGGAAUAGUGCGAGCUAAGAAAUAUUGGGGUUAAGGUAACUUUAUGUUAUCAAGUAUGUGCCAAAAGAAAGACAUCUCUUUUGUCAAAACACAAUGCUAAUAUAAUUUGCUAUCAUUUUCACAGUGCGUAGAUAUGUGACAUUUUAAUGCUGAUCAGUGUGUCAGGGUAUUCACGGAUUUGUCUUUGCCCACUAACCAUCUGUUGUCAUGCGUUAAACUAAUCUGACUAUUCUUGGGAUAAUCACCGUGCAUUAAAUUUUAAAACAAUAAUGUAAUUACAUUCCUUGAAUAUAACUUACACAAUUAAAUUUUUAUAUCAUAUUGAUAUGACAAUCUUUGACCUCAGCUGAAGAUUACCAGCUUUCUCUCGUGUACAGUAGAAAUAUGGUAAGAAAAAAACCACAUCCACUGUGUAGCGUUGUAUACAAUUUGUAUAAGCAUGUGUAUGUUUUAUUUGAAAUUAAGGCAAUGCUAAGAUUCAAGAAUAAACAGGAAAAGAAUCACCUGAAAACAGCACAUAAUAUUUCCACAUGCAUGAUAAUUUCUUUUUGUGUGCCAAUUUCUAAAGAAGGUUUUGAUUUAUUUCCCAUUAAUUUCUUUUUUUUUCUAACAAUUUCAAAUGCUGAAAGUGUAUUUUAGAAAAAGAAUGUAUGUAAGAUAUUCUAUGCUGUAAAGCACAACAUUUGGACAGUAUCUACCUUAGUGUUUGUUAUGUUGUUUUGUCAGUAUCAGAGAAUUCAGGAGAGAUGAAAAUUCUCUGAACAUAUAGACUAACUUUCCUGAUAGAAUACUGUGUUUUCAGAAUUCAGCAAUAUACUAUUUAAAAAAAUAUAUAGCAUUAAUCCUGUUAAAUGCUUCUAAAGGUGAAGUCUCAUAAGCAUAUUUAUAAAAGGAAAAACAUUUUUAACAAUCAAUUAUGUUUAUAUAUAGCAUGCUACAUUCAAAUAAAUUUUACUUUCUCUGCUAAGAAAAUUUAGACUAUAUUUUAACAACUUUGCGGGUUGUAUUUUACAUCUUUUCAAGAAUAGAAAGCACAGAAGUAUCAAUCUUAUUUUUGUACUCUAAAAGAACAAAAGAUCCUGUCUCAGUGCCCUUGCUGCAUCUGGCCCACAUAAACUAAAAUCUACCUUCCUUCUAGCGCUUCUUUUUAGAAGUAGUUCAUCUUUUUUCUGUCUUUGAGUAAAAAAAUAGUUACCCCCACUGUCGGACCAGGCUGCCUUUUCCAUGAGAGGCUCGCGCACCCCAGCCCUUGGCAACCUGGGCCGAUUGCCUGCAGAGGCCUGAAAGUGCAGUACAUUUUAAGAUUAUUUCUUUUGGGGUCAUUACAUGAGGUUGCCCUACAACAGAAACUUGUCAGUGUAUCUGCUUCGAACUAUCUUCAUUUAGCUGUGAAUUUCUAGAUCAACACACAAAUCUCUUGCUCACUUGGUGGGCCAGGAAACAAACUUUAUCUCAUGACUAUUUUCAUUUUCUAUCUCUUUUUGUGGAGAAAAAACCCAAACAAACAACAAAACAACCCCACAAAACCCACUACCAACACAAAACAACACAAAGAGCCAAGCAAAUGGGGAGCAAACCCAGCUAGUGGGAUGCAGGUUAGAGAAUUCACAUCAGAGAUAGAAGGUAUCUUUAUUUCCGACCAAAUCAAUAUUCUGAAGCAAAUGCAAGGGGCUCCCCACCAAACCUGACAGUGAAUCUGCACAGUAAGGCAUUUGUGAAUGUGAGGUAGAUAUUAUUUUUAUCUGUCUCUCUCCCCUGUCCUAAAGGGAACCUGUCUGACCACCUACUUAGAACAUCUUUUUGCAGCCAAUAGUAUUUUUAUUAUUAUUUUAUUCGUAUUUUAUUAUUAAUUAAUAAUUUUUGCCCUAUUCAGUGCCAUCUCUGAUUUGGUCAUUCAACAGCCAGGUGCACUCUUUUAUAUAAAUAAAGACUUGUGUGGAUCAGAGGGAGGGGGUCACAUCAGUUGCUCAUCAUUCAGGCUCUAAAUCAUGCUUUUAUCACGAUCUCUUGUAACAGCACAUCUCAGUUUCAAGUAACCGGUAUAACCUCAUUUAUUCUACUCUCAUUUGGAAAGCACUGAUAUUGAAUGCCCAUAUUUAAAACUCUAAAAUACGAAUUAUACAAUGUGCAACUAUUGGCAGGAUAUGUGCAAGAGGCACGUCAGAAUAGACCCUGAUAAACUGGUGAUACCAAAGGUGCUUUCUCAUAGAUCCUUUGCCUGGAACUUGAAGUUUGCUUGGGGUAACAGAAGGCACAAAGCCUCAAGCGAGAGAAAGCAGGCACGGGUCCUUAGUUAGCAGAGUGGUUUACAAAAUAUGAAACCAUCUCUCAAAACUUAAUCAAGUCCACAGUAAGGAAAGAAAAUGAAGGCUGGGGUGUAGAAGAGGUCAGGUUUGAAGAACAGAGACUGUGGGUGAGUACCUUAACACAAGCGCGCAGGAGCAGCCCGUGAGAGCUGCAUGCCUUGCAAAGGUUAUGACUGCAGGGAUGACACAGACCCCCCCUGCCUUCCUCCCCUCUUUCGGCUUGCAAAUUUUACCGUUUCAUCAGUAAACCAGGCACCUGACACUUAGGAAACACACCUAAAUGUAAAUAAUCCCCUUAAACAUUUUUAAAUAAAUAUACUGCCAUUUCUGUAGUUUAAUAAAGUCUCAAAAAGAAUAUCAGAAGAAAA